GUCUGACUCGCCACAUAUUGUUGCUAUUAGGGGGGUUGGAAUUUAUCUCGUUACUCAUUUUGGGUUAGAGUCAUUAUUUUAGAAAAAGUCAAUUAUGUCGUUGUAACUGAUAAUCCAAAAAUAUGACGAUGUACAGUUGUUUUAUUGUUUUUACCAUUGCGAUUCUCUCAGUAAUACAGGGAUUACUGGGGGAGGAAAUUUUGGGAUGUGGGGGAUUCAUCAAGAGUCACGCGAGCAUCGAUUACUCUAAAGUUCACAUAAAACUUUACACGAAAUCCGGAAGCUUGAAAGACCAGACAGAAUGUGCCCCAAACAACGGCUACUACUUCCUCCCCCUCUACGACAAGGGGGAGUACAUCCUCAAGGUCGUGCCACCCCGAGGCUGGAGUUUCGAGCCGACCGAGAUAUCCCUGGACGUGGACGGUACAACGGACAUCUGUAGCCAGGGCAAAGACAUAAACUUCACGUUCAAGGGGUUUGGAAUAGCCGGAAGGGUAACGAGCUCCAAGUCCCCUGAGUCGUCAGGCCCAUCUGGAGUGACAGUGGUUCUCUACAAAGAAAAAAUUCACAAUGACAACUCGAUUGGCACAACGACAACCUCGAAGGGCGGAGUGUUCUCCUUCACGCCGAUUCAGCCAGGGAAAUACAUCCUGGUGGCCUCCCACUCGGUCUGGAGGAUGGAAAAGAACACUGUGGAUGUAACCGUGAGGGAAGGAAACACCGAACUCCCUGAUAACAGUCUGACGGUCUUCGGGUACGACGUCAAGGGUCGCGUAAUCACUGAGGACAAUCACCCAGUGUCAGGGGUCUCCUUUGUACUCUUCGGAACAGGUGGCUUCAAGGAUUGUCCAGCAGUUCCUUCCUCGAUGGAGAUAAAAACGGAUGCCAAAUGGGGAAAGCCCCUUUGCCACGUCACCUCGUCUCCCUCAGGAGUCUUCACAUUCCCAGCCCUGACCAACGGAAAUUAUCGCCUGAUUCCUCACUACUCCACUCCCCAGACAAAAUUCCACGUUCAACCCCCGGAACUCGUCUUCACCGUCGAUCACUCCAGCGUCAAUCUCCCUCGGGACUUCAAAGUCACUGGUUUCACAGUCAGUGGAACAGUCCUGCUGUCCUCAAAGGAUAAAAUUCCCCUCCCGAACGCCAAAGUCUUCAUCUCAGGAAAGCAAGUGGCUACGACUGACAAAUUAGGUCGUUAUUCUGUCGAUAAAAUGAAGACGGGUCAGUAUUCGCUGAAGAUAGAAGCCCCUGACGUCCAGUUCGACGAGGCAACUGUGAAGAUCUCGGCAAAUUCUCCAGAGCUUCCAAUCUCAUCUCCCAGUACCUACAAAGUCUGUGGGACAGUCACUUUAUCAACGAAAGGCACUCUGCACCAUCGUAAGGUAAUUCUCGAAAACCCUGGAGCCACUCUUCGCCGGGAAAUCGAAACUGACCCGAAGACUGGGGAUUAUUGCGUAUUCCUGAUCCCUGGGAAAUACCAGUUCAGUGUUGUGGUUGACACUGAGGAGAAAACUAAAGGAUUACAGUUCUUCCCACUCCAGCAGACGAUCGACGUCUCAGGAAAGCCCAUCAAUAAUGUCAACUUUCUCCAGCUGAAAGCGAUCCUGUCGGGCUCCAUCAAGUGUCUGAGCACAGAAUCCAGUUGCAAUCAGGCCUUCGUCACCCUGAAAAUUCUGGACGGACUGACCGUGAAGACGAUUCAAGCCCAGAAUGGAAAUUACGAGUUUAGUGAAGUCCUCCCAGGUCAUUACGAGGUUCUCAUUGACACCGACGUCUUCUGCUGGGAAAAUCCCAUCCAGCAGAUCUCCGUGACUUCCGAGAAAGCCUCAGUCCCCCCCUUCAAGCAGACGGGCUUCACAGUGACUUUCAUCUCGUCCCACGACUCGGCGGUCGAGUUCUUUGAUCCUGGAAAAUCCAAGAAGAUCGCCCUGACUCUCCCCAUGGGCAGCACGAGACACUGUGUCUCCAGUCCUGGAAUUUACAAAUUCAUUCCAAAGAGCUGUCACAUUUAUUCGAAGGAGUUCUACCCCUGGGACACGACAAAUCAGAAUCCAAUAAUUUUAACAUCGAACGAGCACAGGCACAGGGGAAAAAUCCUCGUUCCCUCGUCGUCCUCAGAGGUGGGGGAGGUCGACAUCAAAGUGAAGAUCGAGACUGGAGAGAAGACUAUUUACUCACCCGUGAAGUUCUCGAGGACGAAGGACACUUACCAAUACAUCUUCGAAUUCAAUGCUAACGUGGACAGCAUCUACGUGAUCACACCUCAAUCUGACAUAAUCCUCUUUUCGCCCCCGUCCUUGAAAAUCACAGGAACAAACGACUGCAAUAAUGACGCAGCAACUUUCACUGGACAGAUUGGAAGAAUCAUUGAGGGGAAGAUAUCGCCUGCCCUCGAGGGCGUCACCAUCAAGAUCUUUGGAAAAGAUAAAGAGGCACCGGUGCACACCCUGGUGACCCAGCAAGAUGGAAACUACAGGAUUGGACCCCUGGAUGGCAGUGUCGAGUACACAGUGACAGCCGAGAAGUCAGGAUUUUCGAUAACUCGCCAUCGAGACUCCGAUGGGAUUUUUUAUGCUGAAAAACUAGCAGAAGUUGUUGUCGAUGUUGUAGACCAGGAUGAGUCUCCCCUCCCAGGGGUUCUGCUGUCCUUGUCCGGGGGGCAGGGAGGUUACAGGAAAAACAGUGUGACUGGGGGUCAGGGACAGCUAGUGUUCAACUCCCUGUCAUCUGGGGAAUAUUAUCUUCGAGCUGUGAUGAAGGAGUACAGAUUCGAUCCACCAUCGAAAAUCAUUAAAGUGUCAGAGGGUGCGACUGUGCAGAUUAAACUUCUGGCAAAGAGAGUUGCCUUCAGUGCUGUGGGGACAGUGACAUCGUUGAAUGGUGAGCCUGAGCCUGGACUGAUUGUCGAGGCUCAGGGUGGCUCUGGUAUUCCCAGAAACUCUCCAUCGAGCUCCUGCGAUUCACUCCUGGAGGAAGCCACCACUGAGGAGAAUGGCAGAUUCAGGAUAAGAGGGCUCGAGCCAGGCUGUGAUUAUGUCGUCAGGUUGAAGGACAAUGAAUUCCAGACCAAUUCCAGAGUGUACAGAGCCUCCCCCGAGGGAAUUGACGUGCAGGUUAUUGAUACAGACGUCGAGGGCCUCAGGUUCAUCGCUUUUCACCCCAUCCCCAGAACCGAUCUGUCUGUCCACGUCAUUGCUGAUCAGGUCGAUCACUACAGGACCCUCAAAGUGAAGCUCUGCAGGGAGGACCAGCCUGAUUCACCUAUUCAUUCAGUCAGGAUCGAUCCUCAACAGGCUAGUAAAUUUAAUUCUCACAGUAAUCCUGGAUUCUUGAUGCAUUUCCCUCCGCUGCAGUCCAAUGGCAAGAAGUACUUUGUUCAGCUCGAGUCUUCUCUGUCGACUGCUCUUUACAAGUACAAGGUCAUUCCUAGUUAUUUCGAGGCCAAUACCUCGUUCAAGGCUUUAACCCUGAGGUUCAAGGCUGAACGCAAGAUCGAUCAUGGCGAAAUGAACCAGAGCUCUGUCAUUGCUCUACCCUUCAUUAUGCUCGUGGCCAUUGCUUUUUUGAAUAGGGAGAAGCUGUGGGUAUGGCUCAAUGUCAGGAUUGAACAGUGGUCCAAGGCUGGACCUGUUCAGAGGAGUCCAGUACCUCAGAGCAUUCCCAUCGAUCCAAGGACUGAUGAUAUUAUCGUCGAGCAGAUUAUGAAUAUCAAUAAAAGAAAGACUAAACCUAGAAAGACGUAAUCGGACGACGAAAUAUUUUGAG